AUGUCUUCGAGAAUAAACAUCGCUCGUCCACGUGAUGCUGCUGCUGCUCCAGCUUAUGGAACCGGUGCUGGUGCAUACAACGAUCCAUACGGUUUCCAAUCCCGCCCACCAACCUACCAGGCCUCGACGCCCGCGCCAAAUCCAGACGACCCACUAGAGAAAAUCAGAGCUUAUGCCUCCAAGGUUGAGGACAUGGUCGAGAUUUACUCUCAACCCCUCAAGCCGCAUCUCCCGGCAAUUGGUCGUUUCCUCAUUGUCGUGACUUUUAUUGAGGAUGCCUUUCGCAUUCUCACUCAGUGGGGAGACCAGAACUGGUAUCUCCAAAAACACCGCUACUUCCCAUGGGGCAUUUCGCAGAUUUUCCUCCUUUUGAACGUCCUCACCAUGUUGGGAGCCUCUGGUGCCAUCAUCACCAAGCGCUACUCUGAGAUCGCAGUUGGCAGUCUCUUGGGUGUCAUCAUCUUGCAAGGCUUUGGUUACGGUCUCAUCUUUGAUAUUAAUUUCUUCUUGCGCAACCUCUCCGUUGUUGGAGGUCUCCUCAUGGUCUUUUCUGAUUCUAUGGUCACUCGUAGGACCUUCUUUGCGGGUCUUCCCAAUCUGAGCGACAAUGAUCGCAAGAAAUACUUCCAAUUGACAGGCCGAGUCCUUUUGAUCUUCCUUUUCAUCGGAGUCACCCUCCAGGGACAAUGGACCUUUGCACGAUUGAUCUUCUCUCUGGUCGGGCUCACCGCCUGCAUCAUGGUCGCCGUGGGUUUCAAGGCCAAGUGGUCUGCCGCAUUCCUGGUCAUCCUCCUCUCCAUCUUCAAUGUCGUCGUGAACAACUGGUGGAGCGUGCAUGACAAGCACCCUCAACGCGAUUUCCUCAAGUACGACUUUUUCCAGACGCUCUCAAUCGUCGGAGGUCUCCUCUUGUUGGUGAACAUGGGUGCUGGCGGCAUUUCCGUCGACGCAAAGAAAAAAUUCUAA